CGGAGCCGGGGCGGCGGAGAUGGCGGCGCGGCGGCUCGGCGGCGUUGCCUUUAGACAGCAGAAAUGGAAAAGUUCUGUCUCCAUCAAAACAAAAAUGCCUCCUUGUGAUUUUGUACCUGAAAAAUAUGAAUCCUAUCCGUAUGAACGUAUGCAGAAGAUCCGUGAGCAAAAUAUUGCACCUUCACUGCGAACGUAUUACAAGAAGCCAUUGCUGCUGCACCAGGGGCAUAUGCAGUGGUUGUUUGAUCAUGAGGGACAAAGAUAUCUUGAUCUCUUUGCUGGAAUUGUCACUGUCAGUGUUGGACACUGUCACCCGAAGGUAACUAUGGCUACCCAGAAGCAGCUGGCUCGCCUGUGGCAUACCACCAACAUCUACAUGUACCCAGCAAUCCAUGAGUAUGCUGAGAAGCUAACUUCUCUUUUUCCAGAUCCACUGAAGGUGGUUUAUCUCACCAACAGCGGAUCAGAAGCCAAUGAUCUAGCUAUGUUCAUGGCAAGGCUACACACCCGUAACUUCGACAUCAUCUCUCUCAGAGGAGGAUACCACGGAGGCAGCCCUUACACGCUGGGUUUGACAUCUCUGACUCAUUAUAAGCAUGGUGUUGCCAAUGGCUUUGGCUGUACAACUACAAUGCUACCAGAUGUUUUUCGUGGUCCAUGGGGAGGCAGCCAUUGUAGAGAUUCUCCAGUGCAAACUGUUCGAAAAUGCAGCUGCUCUGAAGUUGCAUGUCUUGCAAAAGACCAGUACAUUGAACAGUUCAAAGAUACUCUGAAUACCUCAGUGCCGAAGACAGUAGCUGGAUUUAUUGCUGAACCAAUCCAAGGUGUUAAUGGAGCUGUUCAGUACCCAAGAAAUUUCUUAAAGGAAGCUUAUCAGCUUAUACGGGAAAAAGGGGGCCUUUGCAUUUCAGAUGAAGUACAGACAGGAUUUGGACGGACAGGCAGCCAUUUCUGGGGGUUUCAAACACAUGGUGUAGUCCCUGACAUCGUUACUUUGGCAAAAGGAAUUGGUAAUGGCUUCCCAAUGGCAGCUGUUGUUACAACAAAAGAGAUUGCAAGUUCCUUGGCUCAAAACCUUCACUUUAAUACCUUUGGAGGAAACCCUCUGGCCUGUGUAGUUGGAGCUGCAGUUCUUGACGCUAUUGAAGAAGAUGGUCUCCAAAAAAAUAGUGAGGAUGUGGGAACAUACAUGCUGCUGGAGUUGGCUAAACUACGGGAUAAAUUCGAGAUUGUUGGAGAUGUCCGUGGCAAGGGACUUAUGAUUGGAGUAGAAAUGGUGACAGAUAAGGACAACCGACACCCUCUUCCAGCUGAAGAAAUCAGUCAAAUCUGGGAGGACUGUAAAGAUAUGGGGGUUCUGAUUGGCAGAGGAGGACUCUACAGUCAGACUUUCAGAAUUAAGCCUCCUAUGUGCAUUACUAAGAGCGAUGUCGACUUUGCUGUGGAAGUAUUUUGUACUGCUUUACAGAGACACGUGGAAAGAGCAGCUGCAAAAUAGAAUUGAUUUGUUUCCUUACAUGAGAGGCACACACAAUCCCUGAUACGUGCAACCUAGACUGGGCACUAAUCUACCCUGGAAAAUAAAACCACAGUGUGAUGAUUUCAUGCUUGUUCAGUAUCAUAAGAGCAUUCUGACAGAUACUGACAGUGUUCAACAAAGGAUAUGGUGUAAUCUAUUUUGUAAAUCUACAGUUCAGUUCUACAGUGCUGAUUUGUAUGAACUACACACCUAUUUUGCCAUUAUCAAAAAAAACUUGACUGGAUUAACAGAGUAUCAAAUGGAGAGGCAGACGUGUUCUUCUUUCCCUUGUGAAAAUCCUAUCAAAAUCAGUAAUUUUUAGAAAGAGUGACAGAAAGAGUUGGGAAAGAAAUUUUAGACUUAAAACUGUUUACCCUGCCUACAAGGACACACUGUAAUUAGAGCAUUACAAAAAGUUCGCAGAUAGUUGAGAUGUUUUGAAUUACAGUAAUUAUGUUUAUCAUGGGGAUAAGAAAUCCAGUCAUCACUCUCUCCAAAACACAGUUCUCUUUUCCUCCUACUGCUUUUGGGAUUGCAUAGCACACCCAUUAAUCAUUUUGUAAAGGUGUAAACUCUGGAACAUGGAAUAAAAUAUUCUUUCUUACAUAAUCACA